AUGGGGGAUGCUGCUGCUGCCCUGCCGGUCCAAGCGCCCGGGUAUGAACAUCUCAGUACCGAGGCAGAGGGCUACUCGUCGCUGCCCCGCGAUGAAUCUGGUGCCCCGGCUCCCAAGCGCGCGGCCCAGCGCAUCGACCUGGCAGUCUUGCCUGGCUACACACUGAUCAGCGUCAAACACCAGCAUGACCUGCAACAGGUGGUGCGCCACGACCUUCCUGCAGAGGGCCUUGACGUGGCCUUGUUCAAACUCGACGCGCUUUGCACACCCAGCCCCGAGGAGCCAGUGCCCAAUCUGCUCCGCUGUGCUCGCGCGUUAAAGGUGCAGCUCUGGCAGCUGGCCUCUUCGCGCUCAGCCCAGACAGUCGAGGGCAAUGCCCGGGCCGAGCCACAUCUGCUCAUUGUGGAAGCCGUCCGCUGCAUGGGCAUGACUAUCGAUCUUCCCAGUCUCGUCCCUGAGACAGCGAUCCCGCUUCCCCACCAUGCCCUGCUCAUGGCCACACGCUUGGCACUCCAGCGCUUUGAAACUGCGGUUGCCCCUGCUUCCUCUCGCGACAAUGCCAGCAAAUACAUGCCCCACGUUGGAUUGAGCAAUGUAUUUCCCAUCUCAUCGAGCGUGUUUGACCAACUCCGCACGACACCGGGCGCCACUGCGUCUCCGUCUGCUGACUGGCCUCGAGCGCUGUUUUGCACACGUGAACACCCCUACGAGCUUCCAACGCCCGUUCUCGCCCACGUCGAUAAUCAAGAAACGUUGCGACAGCGCAUUGCAUGUGCUGGCUUGACCGAACUUUUGCGGGAGGCCUUGGGUCAGCGUGGCCCAUUGCUGUUCGCCAGCAAGGACUCUGAAAGCGGUUCAAAGGAUUUGGCGCCUCCCGUGGUAGUGGGAGGGGCCGAGUUACCAGCUGCCGAAAGCCUUCUUGCCAUGGCCAUUCCCGUGACCGAGGCCUCACAAACCAUGCAUGUAUCACGUCUGGAGCAUGAUGGUGCCGAUGAACCCAUUAGUGCUUCGGAUGUAGCAGCCGCGGCGGCGGCCAUGGAAGCCCCACCCCCCAGUUUUCGAGAUCCCGGAUUUGACAAUGACCGUACGCAUCACGGCCUAACCCUUGCACCUGGUGCAACUGCACCCACUUCAGUUAUGGCCUCGGCGACGGCGUCUGAUACAGCACCAGGAGGCGAUGAUGAUGCGGGGACUCGUGAUUCGAAUUUGGUUGCAUACUCUCCAUCCAGCCACCGCCACGACCCCACCCAAGCCCAACCGCGGACUGAUAUGCCGGCGCAUUUGGCCACACGUCUGGGAGGGCAAAGCUGGGCAGAUGCACGACUCGUCGGCGAUGAGAAUAUCUCCUGGCUGGCCCAAGUGGCCGAAUACUUCAGCCUGCAGAUGAGCAUGACCAAAUCCACGGGUCACAUUUCAAACAUUAAAUAUCCCAUCUGGGAUCCUGCCACCCGCCGCAUUGAUGGCUACACUCGGCGUCGCAUUAAACGAGAGGUACACCUUGUCCCCGCGGGCCCGAAGCGAACCAACCUUGAGCGCAUUGCGCAGAAGCUUGAGCGCUUGAGUUGCAUGCCACGGUGUCAAUUACCGACGGGAGAUUGGCUUGACUUUGGUUUUCGAGCUUCAAAGGAUUGCAAAAGCUUUGACAGUCGCACCCAGUGCGAGCAGGCGUCGCGAAACGAUACCAAGGACAAGUUGGCCAAGAUUGCCGAUUUUGCCUUUGAUGAUAUUCUCAUCAACGGCCGUCCCACACAGCCUCCACUGGCUAAGGUGCGAGCACGUUGCCAGCGACUGGUGGAUGACUAUUUGGCGACGCCCUGGAUCGAAGCCUGUGAUCGUGCACAGGAUGGCAAAAUGCUGUUGACGCUACUGAGACCGCUGCUGCACGGCCACAACAACCAGCACAUCAAGCAGCGUGGGCCGACGGUGCUGCGUAUGGAUGCCGCGCGCAAACGCAUGCUCUCAAUCAACAGCCGCCUGACUUGGAUGCAGCUGCGCCUCAACGGCACUUCACUGAGUCAGUGUGGUCAAGUCUUUUUUUUUUAA